UCAAUUAGUCAGCCUCCAAGUGCAGCAAUUUUGCACAAGGAGUUUUUUUGACUGCUGCAAAUUUACUCCCAUAGCAACACCCAUGAACAAACCUUCUCAGUCUCUAUGUUUUCAUUUUAUUUAACAUUUUUUUUACAAAGGUUUUUCUGUUGUGGUGGACAUAAACGCAGCCUGAUCUAACAGUGUUGGACAACGGACAGCACAAGACACUCUUUGCCCUGCCCUCAGGCCUCUUCAGCUUGGGGAUCGCCGUGUGGAGGAACGCCUCUUUGGUGGCAGAGACAGGGAGAAUUAGGCAAAGAUGCGGGUUCUCUUUCCCUGCGUAGGGGCUUAUCUUGGGCUAAGCUGAGGGACUAAUAGCAAAGCCUGCUUCCACUCCAGCCGGUCUAAGGGCACAGAAAGCCAUCUGUCCAUUCUGUGGACAACGGACAACAAAGGAAGUAAACAUUGAACACGGAGGUUAUUCUAUCAGGAGCUACUAGAUAUCAAGAGGAGUGAAGGGUUUGCAUAUCAGGUUUGGAAUGGCGGCAGGGAGUUCUUCAGUCAUUGGUUUAUAGUAUUUACAUAAAAGUCGCAGGAACACAGAGUAUGUCUGAGAGGGAAGAAAUGGCCUCAGACGGGAGCCUGAAUGUUACACUGACGCUACGCCUGCUGAUGCAUGGAAAGGAAGUCGGCAGUAUAAUUGGAAAGAAAGGAGAAACAGUCAAGAAAAUGAGAGAGGAGAGUGGCGCUCGUAUCAACAUAUCGGAAGGAUCAUCUCCCGAGAGGAUAGUUACCAUCACAGGACCAACAGAGGGUAUCUUCAGAGCUUUCUCCAUGAUUGCACAAAAGUUUGAAGAGGAUAUCACGGCAGCAAUGACAAACAGCACUGUGACAAGCAAGCCACCUGUGACACUCCGCCUGGUUUUCCCAGGGAGCCAGUGUGGCUCACUGAUUGGAAAAGGAGGCUCCAAGAUCAAAGAGAUCCGAGAGACCACAGGGGCGCAGGUUCAGGUGGCAGGAGACAUGCUGCCGGACUCUACAGAGAGGGCUGUCACAAUCUCUGGCACUCCACAGGCCAUCACUCAGUGUGUAAGACACAUCUGCUCCAUCAUGCUUGAGUCUCCUCCAAAAGGAGCAACUAUUCCCUACCGUCCAAAGGCCAUUCCUGCUGGAGCCCAUGCAGUAUUAGCACAACAGCACUCUGCACAAGCCUUUGCACUUCCUGGGCCGUACGCUUUUGCGCAUCAAGAUUUGACCAAGCUUCACCAGUUGGCUAUGCAGCAUAUCCCCCUCCCUUCCCUUGGGCAGAGCAACCCUACCUUCCCUGGAUUGGAUGCUUCUGCCCCCACAAGUUCACAGGAGCUGGCAAUACCUAAUGAUUUUAUUGGCUGCAUAAUUGGAAGACAAGGCACGAAGAUCAAUGAAAUCCGCCAGGUCUCGGGAGCCCACAUCAAAAUUGCUAGUGCCACUGAUGGCUCAGCCAUGCGCCAAGUCACAAUCACAGGCUCGCCGGCCAGCAUUAGCGUGGCCCAGUACCUCAUCAGCGCCAGCUUAGAGAUGGCUAAAUACACCAUGCAGGCUGCGUCUUCUGCGACCCCAGUUGACCUGAACAUGAGCUACUCACAGUCUGCUCCCACCGCCUCCAAUGCUGCUACCUCUAUAGCCGUCCUGGCAGCCACCACCCCAGCCCCCACCAACAUUAAUGUCCACUCUCCCUCCACCUUACCGACCAUUCAAAACCCACACUACGCUGUCCCUGUUUCCAGUCUGCUUGGCAUGAAAACACUCCCUGUACUAGCUGUCCACCCAGCAGCUGCUACAAGCCUAACACAAGGUUUAGCCCCUUAUACUGCAAAAAUACCCACUUCUGGUGUCAAAAAGUCUGAGCGGCAGAAGUUCGCUCCAUAUUGAGUCAGUCUAAUUGGAUAACAUUGCACUAAUGGAUGACAAACUAUUGGUAUUUGGUACUUGCUUACACAUGUCUGCAAGCUUUACCAGUGUAGCACCUCCUUUCCAUAAAUCAGCAGAGUGGAGGUAUCAUUAUUAAAGUAGGCGGCAGAGUUGGGUAUUAACUCAGUAUUGCAUAAUAUGCAAUGUGCUAACUCAGGCUUGUAUUUGAACCCAAGAAAAACCUACUUUUCUAAUGGUUUCAUGUCAAACAGCUUUAUGUGAAGAGUUACUCCAGGAGAUUUGUUUUCUAAUAUGCAAAUGUUUACAUAGUUUUCUAUCUUUAUACCUAGAUCCAUUUUUGAUAGAGAAUUCCAUUUUUGUAGGCAGCAGGCUGAUAAAUGAUCGGUCGUGUACAAUUGUAGUGGGGUGUGUUUAGUACAAUUAAUAAGGAUUGCUCCAUUUUUAUGUAUAUUUCCCCCUAUUCCUUCACUAUAGGCUUUCAUCAGGGCUAACAGGCUUGGGUGUUCUGUAGUAGCACUGCACUGUUGCAGUUCUGAUGGGAUUAUCCUAAAGCCACAUGGAUUCUAGUGGAAUUCACUCUGCACUGUAAUCCUGUAGAGCAGGACUGGUCUAAACAACUCAUUUAUUGUUUCUGCUUGGUUAUUGUUCACUUUCCACACAAAUUGUUAACGAUUCCUGUCACAAACUGACACAGCACAGUUACUGUAAUACAUGUGUGUGCUUGGUGAUGCCUACCCUGAUACAUUGCAAAUUUGUAAUGUUUGAUGUUUAUGCAAUGGCUUUGAAAUAAAUGUGUCAUUUUAUUAAUAAAAGGGGCUGUUUUUAUUAGAGAAAUAAGUC